AUGAAGCUCCGUGUGCGAUCCGCCCAAGGCGGCGCCACUCAUCGCAUCGAAGCGCCGCCGCUCUGCUCGCUCCGCGCGCUCCGGGAACUCAUCGCCGCCUCGUUCGGCGUUCCGCCCGCGGCCCUGCGCCUAUCACUGAACAAACGCGAUGCGCUCACCGGUGGCGACGCCGGCCCUGACGUGGCAAUCUCGGAGCUCGGAAUUCGCGGCGGCGAUUUGAUUUUUGUGCUGACCGAGGGCGCGGGGGGCGCAGCGACCGCGGAGGGGACGGUUCAUGCGGAUGGAGUGGAAGGCGGCCGGAGAAGCCCUGCGGCGAUGACAACAGCAGCAGCAGCAGCAGCAGCAGCAGCAGUAGCAGCAGCAGCAGCAGCAACGUCCCUGCUGGUCUAUGGCUCUACUCUCUCCCCUACCCCACCCUCCACCUCUUCUUCCUCCGUCCCAGCCGCCUCUCCCCCCUCCAUUCGUCGCCUUGUCCUGCCAUUCUCCACGUUCCUGAAACAGCCGCAGCCCCAGCCCCAGCUGCAACAGCCAUCCCAGCAGCAGCAGCAGCAGGGAGGCGCACAGGCGAGUAUGGAGGCGGCACGGGUGGCAGCAGCGGUGUACGUGAGUGUGAGAGACAUGUGGCGCUGCAUCAAGGACCAACUCACUCUCCCCCUCCUCUCCGACGCCUCAUUUCGCUUCCGCCUCUGUGCCUGCUCUGCUGCCUCUGCCACUCCUGCUUCGACUGCUGGUGCUGGUUCCCCCGCGCCUCCCACGCUGCACAUCCACACACACACCUGCCCGAGGCCCACCACCACCACCACCCAUCACCCUUCCUCCUCCCCAACCUCCCGCAUCCCCUCCCCUGCUCCCCCUGCGCCGCUGCUCCUCUUCCUGCCGUCCCUGCUCGCGCUCCCCCACGAGCUCCGCCUGCUGCUGCUCAGGAAGCUACCUCCUGUGGACCUCGCAUCCCUCGCGUGCACGUGCUCGGACCUGCACUUCACAGUUGACGCAGCAGACGAGAAGCGCCGGGAGAGAGAGCGGGCGGAGGAGGAGGAGAGGAGGCAGCGUGAAGCAGCAGCUCGUGCUGCUCGCUCCCGCUUCUUCCCCCCAUUCCACCGCCCCCAGCCCUUUCUCCCCCCGCCUGGGGGAGGAUUUGCCCCUCCCCGGAUGAUCGGGGGGGAUUAUGACCGUUUCCCAGGCGGGGGAGGGGGUGGAGGCGGGUUUGGGGGGUUUGGGGGCAUGGGCGGGGUGGGGAUGGGCAGAGAUGGGAUGGUGGGCGGGGAUGGGAUGAUGGGGGGAAUGUUUGGACCGGAUGGGAGGGUGAUUGGAGGGGAAGGGGAUGGGAUGGAUGUGGAUGGGGGGAUGGGUGGUUCUAGAGCCAUGAGGGAGGCCCUGGGGGGAGGGCAUGGGGGAGUGGGAGGUGGGGGGGGGAUAGGUGGGGUUGGGCGAGGAGGAGGAGUGGGAGGAGUGGGGAGGAGGGGUGGUGGUCGUGGUGACAGGUUCUUCCCUGGUGGUGGUACUAUGGGUGGUGGUGGGGGUAUGAAUCGAUUCAUCUGA